CUGGGAGCUGAGGUGCCGCCGCUGCCGGGCAGCCGGGGGGAAUCCGCCCGCAUCGCCCCCUUCGCUGGCCGGGCGGCCGCGGGGCCCGGAGCGCCGGAGGCCGGGGCUGGGGCGGCACCGCGCCGCGGCCACGGGGUCCCGUUAGAGCAUCCCCCGGCGGCCAUGCCGAGGGCCCGGAGCGGCUGGCGGAGCAGGGGGGCCGGCGGGAGGGAGGAAGUAGAUUUCCUGCGAGUGUGAGCCAACCGGCAGACCCGACUGAAUGCUCGGAUUGGGAAAAUGAAACGGAGGAAGCAAGAUGAAGGGCAGAGGGAAGGUUCCUGCAUGGCUGAGGAUGAUGCCGUGGACAUGGAGCAUGAGAACAGCAACCGCUUUGAGGAGUAUGAGUGGUGCGGCCAGAAGCGGAUACGGGCCACCACUCUCCUGGAAGGUGGCUUCCGAGGCUCUGGCUUCGUCAUGUGCAGCGGCAAAGAGAAUCCGGACAGUGAUGCUGACUUGGAUGUGGAUGGGGAUGACACUCUGGAAUAUGGGAAACCACAAUACACGGAGGCUGACGUCAUGCCCUGCACAGGCGAGGAGCCUGGUGAAGCCAAGGAGAGAGGGGCACUCCGGGGCGCAGGUCUAAAUGGCGGCCCUCCCAGCACACGCAUCACACCUGAGUUCUCUAAAUGGGCCAGUGAUGAGAUGCCAUCUACCAGCAACGGUGAGAGCAGCAAGCAGGAGGCCAUGCAGAAGACCUGCAAGAAUAGCGACAUCGAGAAAAUCACCCAGGAUUCAGCUGUGACCACGUUUGAGGCCCUGAAGGCUCGGGUCAGGGAACUUGAACGGCAGCUAUCCCGUGGGGACCGUUACAAAUGCCUCAUCUGCAUGGACUCAUACUCGAUGCCCCUAACGUCCAUCCAGUGUUGGCAUGUGCACUGCGAGGAGUGCUGGCUACAGACCCUGGGUGCCAAGAAGCUCUGCCCUCAGUGCAACACCAUCACAGCGCCCGGAGACCUGCGGAGAAUCUACUUGUGAGCUAGCCACCCCAGGCAGGCCUGGCCUCCAGCAGCCUGCCUGCCCCGCCUCUGUGAGGUGACCCUCCCCC